UAUAUUAUAUCAGACACCGAGGCGAGACACAGAGUUACUUGACCUCAUUUGAAAAUGCAGAACCGGACCGAGACCACCAGCCGCAAAGACAAGCAUAAUUUCUUGAGGAACUCUUGAUUGAUUUUUGCUGUCGCUUGUGUGCUAAAAUUGCUAAGCUUCACUUUGGACUGGUGUCAUGAACCCGGCAGUGGUGAAAAAGACCCAGGACACGCUGGGCAAAGUGAUAAAGAAACCACCUCUCACGGAGAAACUGCUAAGCAAACCCCCAUUUCGAUACCUUCACGACAUCUUCAGUGAGAUCACAAGGACCACUGGUUUUUUGAAAGGCCUGUACGGAGAGAAUGAAAUGAAGUCGGAUAAUGUAAAGGAUAAGGACUCCAAGAUCGCCUUCCUCCAAAAAGCCAUAGAUGUGGUGAUGCUGGUCAGUGGCGAGCCCCUGGCAGCAAAACCAGUUCGCAUCGUGGCUGGUCAUGAGCCCGAGAAAACCAAUGAGCUGCUGCAGGCCAUCGCCAAGUGCUGCCUCAACAAGAUGUCCAGUGAUGAAGCAGUGAAGCGAGUUCUUGCAGGAGAAAAGGUGGACAUAAAGACCAAGGCCGCCACCUCCAGGUCCCAGGACAAAGAGAACAGGGAAGGACGUGAACGACACCUGGAUAAAGGGGAAAAGAAAAAGAUUACAGAGCGCAGUGGUAGCCGGGAGCAGAAGGACCCAGACCAACCCAAAGAGCGAGAGAGCCAACGCAGAGACGGGGAGAAGGAGGACCACCGAGACAGGGAGCGCUCUGACAAACACCACCGCAGUGAGCAGGACAGCAAAGAACGCGACAAAGAAAAGAGUCGAGACCGGGAGCCAGAGCGAGAGCGAGACAAGGACAGAGACAAAGGGCGAGUCAAAGACAGGGACAAGGUGAAGGGCAGAGAGCGAGAGAAGACGAGGGAGAGGGAUCCCCACAGAGAGGUGGAAAGGGACAAGGAAAGACGAAGAGACAGAGACAAAGGGCGGGAGAAGGAGAGAGAGCCUCACAAAGAGAAGGACGAGAGGACGAAAAUUUUAGAGAAUGGCAACAGCAAGGCCCGAGUGUCAGAUGAACCAGAGCAAAAUCCCAGCCCCGAAGAGCCCAGCAACACGGCCAAACCUGUACCAACUCCCGCAGAGGCAGUUGAAAACCAGUCCGACAGUCCAGCCAGAAUACCCCGGCCUUCGUCUGCCAAAGGUCAGAGGCGAAGACCUAAAGUCGGAGGUCAAGAUGAAUCUGACAGCGAGGGAGACGGAGAUGCCCAGUUAGCCCAGAGACCGGUGCCUCUGGAAAACGGGGACGCUGCGGGCUCCUCGGUGCCGUCUGACAUGGCUACAAGCAACAGACGAGUAGCGCGGCCCAGCAGUGCUCGGCCAGCACCUCCUAGAGUCAGGAGACAGGAGAGUCACACUGACGUGACCUCAGCUGACAGACUGUCUAGUGCCAAGCCCUCCGCACCUGUCAUCAUGGAUGGGAAGAAGCUGUCUGAGGACGAGGACGAUGAAGAUGGGCAAUUUCUCGUGGAGGAGGCCGCGCCGCUACCCUCGGAUGCUCCUGAGAUGGAGGUGGGUCCCACACAAGAACUAGAUGGCAAAGAGAAGCACGGUGGUCUUGUGAAAAAGAUCCUUGAGACCAAGAAAGACUACGAAGUGUCGCCAUCCUCCCCCAAAUCCAAAGAGCGGAACUGGGUGUCUGAAGCAGCGCGGAAGAAGGAGCGGGACAUGGUGACAAAGGAGACUGAGCGACUGCGCUCAUCCAUCCAGAUGGUGUGCCGCAGCUCGCUGCCUCUGGGUAAGAUCAUGGACUACAUCCAGGAGGACAUGGACGCCAUGCAGGCUGAACUGCACACUUGGAGACGGGAGAACAAGGAGCAUGCACAGGCCUUGCUGCAGGAGCAGAGAGCGACAGAUCGAGCUGUGGAGCCUCUGAAAGCAGAACUAGCUGAGCUAGAGCAGCUGAUCAAGGACCAGCAGGACAAGAAUUGUGCUUUAAGGUCCAACAUACUGAAGAAUGACGAGAAGAUACAAAAGAUGGUCACAGGAAUUAAUUUCUCAUCCAGAACCUGAAGAGAGAAACAAGGUCCAUGGGGAGACAAAUACUUCUGUUAUUGCACUGAAGACUUAAGUAGGUAUGAACACUUUCCCCUUCAGAAUAAUGUCGUGACCAUUUUUCGUGGAGCUAAUGUGGGAUGGGACCAAACACUGCACAGUUAUGUUUUCCUGACAGAACAGGAGAUGGACCCAAAAACAUUCCACACAAUCAGGGCGGGAAACAGGCAUGGGCCGGUUUCCGGUUUCCAGGUAUACCGCGGUAUCAAAAAGUCGCGGUUCCGAAACCACUUAUGUUUCCCGUCAUACCAUUCCGACGGUAUGAGCUGUCCCCCCAAGUUAAAAUGACUAUUCACAAUGUGCAUUUCUUUAAUUUUAUUUAGAAAUGGGGUUUUUUAAGGAUGAGAAUUCAAUAAUGUUGUAUGUUAUGUUAACAUACAACAUUUACUCAUGUUACAAAUGCUCUUUGCUUUUUAAAAAUAAAAUACAUUUUGGACAAUGGCAAAAAAAAAAUGUCUGUGGAGAUUCUCAUUCCUCUAGGAAAGUAAUAGUUCUCCACGAGGUUGUUGAAUCAGGAGCAACUGGACUUGGUCGUAGUUUCUCGAAGAUCUGAAAAACUCGUGAGAAUCUUCAAGCAUCAAAUUAAGACAAAGACUGGUUCAACCCAAAAACUGCACACCACACACACACACAGAAAGCAACUUCGUAGAUGCAGUCCAAAUGCAGCAAGGAAUGUGCCGACCUGUAUAUUGGAGAAACCAAACAACCGGGAAACAAACUUAAAAAGGGGAGACUUAAAAACAACUUUACUUCAUGCAUUAACAAGCUCCGCCCACACCCCACAGAGGUUAAACACCUGGGAUUCACCACAACUUGGUUAGAACGGAAGAAGACUCUUGGGUGAAGGUAAAACGUCUUCAAGAUAUUGCAACCAAGUCCAGUUGCUCCUGAUUCAACACCCUCGUGGAUAACUAUGACCUGGAUGAAUUGGAAUCUCCACAGACAUCUUGCUGAUCAUUGAGGAACACUCUCAGUGUGGUGCGGGAGUAUGAAAGGAUAGUCAGGAAAAUUGCCGAUUAAAGGAACCACCUUUAGUGAGAUGCCGACAACACAAACUCAUUCCGACCUGCCUGCGCCUGGGUUCCACAGUGAAAGGUCACAGAGUGGACAAGAUCCUGGAGGCAGCAAAGAAUGAGCUUCUGGAUGAGAGAGAGACACAUUCAUUUCACCGUCGAAGGGUUGAAGGGAAAUGCUGAGCAUCUACUCCAUCACUUCUGCCUAUGGCAGUUUUGGAGAAGGUCACCCUUUUUGUCGAGAAGGCCCAACUAUCAACAUUAGGAAAAGAGGAAGAACUUACCUGGAGGCAAAAGGCGGACAAUCUCUCUCUGCAGGAAAUACGCAACAGAUGGGUAAAGAACCUGUCGGACAUGGAACGUUCCCCAUUUACCAAUAGUAGAUCUCAUCACAGCAACCGAAUCGGCCAUAAGGAAAAAAACAACCUUACACAGACAGAAACUGAACAGCUCAGAUUGAAAGUAUCAGCAGCCUUAUCCAACGCCAAAGCGUUGCAACCUCACCACCCAGGAGAGGAAAGCUUUGUCUUCACUGAGCAAGGACCAGAACAUUACCAUCCUACCAGCAGACAAGGGAAGAUGCACAGUGGUCCUUAACACAGCUGACCUCCCUGUUCACGUGCAUCGCAACCAUAGAGGCAGUGGAAAUGGAAAGAAAAAGGCUGCUACAUGUCAACCCAGAACAAAUUUGUUGACCUGUGGAUUUCUGCCCGAACACGAACUACUUCCAGUAGAAAGGGAGUUUUUGCAGGCAAAACAUGGCUGUAAAUAGGAUCUCCUAUUGUGGCCAACCUCUACUUGGAAUAAGUAGAAUGCAGGGCCCUAAAUUCCUUCAGAGGAACUACACCAAGCCACUGGUUCAGAUAUGUGGAUGACACAUGGGUUUAAAAUCAAAACCCCGGAAGUGCAAACUUUCACUGAACACAUCAACUCAGUGGACAGAGUCAGGGGUGCUGAGAGAAAGUGUGUCAUCCUGAGGGGCGUGGCUUACAGAAGCCGGGGCUUCCACCCAAGGGCUCUUGGGCAUUUAUGCAGUUUUACAUGUUCACUUAAGUUCAUUCAUCGUUGCGUGUCUGUGUUCUGUUAUUCAUGUUCUGUUCGUUUUUUUACCCCUCCAAAUCUGAGUGAGGGUACCUUGCGUGCAAUGUUCGUGACAAGCAUCACAGGUCUUGAAAUGUCUAAGUAAACUAAUAGAAACUAAUCAUGCACAAUGAAAAAUUGCUAAAUUAUGGAAUAUUUUUGAUAAAUGAUGUAUACAAUAAUUAUAGGUGGAUAUUUCUCCCUGAAAGGUGAUUUCAUUUCGUUAUUGAUUUGCGAAGUAAAAUUUAUUUGCCUUGCUGUCACAGUCCCCCGAUAGUAGGGGGUGCUGCAGCACCCUCCGCACCCCUACUUCCAGCGUCCCUGUAUGUGAUUUUUGUUUUAGGGCCAAUGUUGUUUGUCCUUAUAUCGUAUCUUUGUUGCUGGCAUAGGACAUUUUUGAAAUAAAAGAGAACUGAAGAAGCCUCUCGGGUGAGAGGUGAAACGUCUUCAAGACAUUACAACCAAGUCCAGUUGCUGGUGAUUCAACAACCUCGUGAAUGGCAAAAUGUGUGUAGUAUAUCUAUAUUUUUUUACCCAGAGAUUUUAAAAUAACACGUUUUAGAGGUGUGCUAUACCUGGAUACCGUGAAACCGUGGUUAUUUUUGCCUAAGGUUAUCAAACCCGUCGAAAUCUCUUACCGGCCCAUGCCUGGUGGGAAUUAAACAUCAUUCGUCAGAUGUUGGUAAAUAAAAGCACCAUGCAUUGGUUUAGAGGUCUGGCUCUAAAAGUGGGUACUAAAGUCACCAACUGCUAAGACUGAAAAAGACUCAUCUUCCUGCUCAGCACACUUCCAUCCCCAGCUCUCCCCCUGUUCUGUAAUGGUGCCUUUGUGGAACGAGCCAGUGCACAGCUUACAACAGUUAGACUAGAUAGUUGUAUUUAAUGCUUGCUUUUGCCACACAUUCAGAUAUCAUUAGCUUAGAUAUACAAUGUAUUUCCUCAUUCUUUUGUUAAUCAUAAAAAAAUGUUUCAAGUGUGGCAAAACAACUUGAUUCUUCCCAGUUUGGAACUGGUUUUGGCUUGUUUUGAAUAUGUCCUUACGACAACCGUAACCCAUCUUGUAAAAAAAAAAUGAUUCUCAUAGUUCACCUAAAUGUUAUUUCAGUCACUCUUCCAUUUUCUAAGCACCGUGGCACUUUGAUGAGUGAGAUCAGAGGAGCAAUCUUUGAAACUUUAUGGCAGCAAAGCAGUGAUAUAUUCCUUUUCUCUCUCAUGAAUAUCUUAUAAAACAUGACAUAUAGGCACACUAACUAAUAUACAUUUAUGGACCCAAAAAUAGAAGCGUAGAUCCUCUGUCCUUGCAGUGAACAUAAUAAUAUGAAAAUAUACAUGAAGAAAUACGAGGCUGAUAACUGCAGUAUGAGAUUGAAUUGUAGCUGUACCAGUUUUCCCUCAAAAAAAAAAUGGUUGUAAAUGGUCCCUUUUCAUUUUUGACAAACGUGAAAAAAAAUAAAGCCAGAAAUAGCACACAGAAAGAGAAAAGAAAUGUAGGAAACUUCUAAAUGGCAACUUUUGUACAUUUAGAAUGUUGAUAUUAAUGGUUACGAUAAAACGAUGUAGUUAAAUAAAUAGUGAAUAAAAAAUAUACCUAAACUGAUAUCUUUAAAAAAGGGAACAGGCUAAAUUUCUUCAGUACAAUUUAAUUAAUGCCAUUUAAUUGAGAGCUCAAAAAUGUACAAUGACUAAACAUGUAAUUUAGUCCGAUUUUUUUCCCCAUUUUCAUAUCAGUAUUAUAUUAAGUUCACCAAAUAUUAAUGAGAAGGUUUACCUCUUGUAAAAUCAAAUUUGAAAAUCCUGUAAGCAAAACUCCUGGAUAAAAAAUAACCCACAUAUUCAUGUUAUAGGGGAGGACCAUUUACACUGUACACUAUUUGUAUCAUGUCCUCAGUUUCUCUUUAAGCUGUACAUUAUGUAUAUGUGGAGACUGUAUCAUAGCUCAGAUGAAUAUAUAAUUUUGUAGUGGAGUGAAAUAAAUGGUUACAUUGGAA